UUAUUUUAGCAUUCGUGUCGGUUCGCUGUACAGAGUGCACGCACGCGGCGAGCGCUCUGGCACCAGCCCUGUCCCAGCGGCUUACCGUCGUCGCCAUAAUCCAACCGUGAAUUUGCUUUUCAAACCGUAACAUCAUCGCUCGCAAUUACUCUUAUAUUAUAUUUUUGGAACAGUGAACCUAGUGACAGCAAUAACGAAUUACUACAGUCCAGUGAAAUGAAACGCUGAUCGACAAUGUUCAGUUAUAUUUGUUUAAAACUUGGAGAAAUGUACCCGUGUUGAAAUUGCAAUCGCUGCUUUGUGGAUCAAAAGAGCGGCAAUGUACGCCAUGUCAACGGCGUCGACGACGACGUCUGGUUCGCGCGCAGAGCUAACGGCGACCACAGCAUCGGCAGAGCGGCGCGUGCGCGUCGUCCGCCUGCUGCGCCCGCGCAAGGCUGCACCCGCCUUCGGCUUUUCCCUGAGAGGCGGGCGGGAAUAUGCCACGGGUUUCUUCAUUUCAAAAGUCGAUCUCAAUUCUGAAGCACAUCUUCAGGGAUUAAAGGUGGGGGAUCAAGUGGUGAGUGUGAACGGUUACCGGGUCGACGACGCGGUGCACGCGGAACUUGUUCAUUACAUCACCUCACAGUCUAGGCUCAAAAUUAAAGUCAGACAUGUGGGGAUGAUCCCUAUUAAAGAAAAAGAACAUGAGCCUCUGUCGUGGCAGUUCGUCUCGGAGCGGACAUCGCUGGCUUCCGACAUCUCAUCGUCGCCGACGCUGUGUCACAACACGGAGCAUCUGACUGACUUGCGUCUAUCUAUUCUAGUCCCUCCACGAGCAAAGCUCGGCUGUGGAAUUUGUAAAGGACCUGAUUGGAAGCCUGGAAUUUUCGUCCAGUUCGUGAGAGAGGGCGGCAUUGCUCGGGAAGCAGGUCUGAGGCCCGGCGACCAAAUUUUAUCGUGCAAUGGCAACGACUUUGCGAAUAUAUCAUUUAAUGAGGCCAUAUCAGUGAUGAAAGCGAGUGGGCGGCUCGACCUCAUAAUUCGAGAGGGUGCCGGCACGGAGUUGGUAUCGCCCGAAAGUUCUGGCUACAACAGCUCCGCGUCAUCAGCGGCUGGAGAAAGAAGCCCAGCACCAGCGGCACCGGUCAUCGCCCUCGCUCCGCCGGCGGCAUUGCGGCGACGCCUUGCUAGUGUAGCAGAAGAGGCUGCGGAUAGAGCAGAUAGGUUGACUAUGAACAGAUUGAAAAGACGGACCUGGGAUAGUUUAGAAUUCGACUGGAAAAAUGACGACAUUCAUAAUUUUGACGCGCCUUCCGACAUAGAACCUGACUACGAUAGCCCUAGUAUACCAAAUAAUCCUCAUACAUACGAAAGUAAAUCCAACAUUAUAUGCAAAACAAAAACCGAAUUCGAAUCGACUAACGUAUCGAGUCCACGAAAUAGAACAAUAAUAAAUCUGACGGAAGACGGCGCUACGAUACAAUGCAGUUACGAUAAUAAUAACAUUAGAAAAAAUAUGUACGCGACAACCCAAACGAAUAGAGAUAAUGAAAAGAAAACAAUAGUUGUAGAAGUUCACCACAUGAAUUCGACUACUUGUGGUAAAUCUCAUUGUAAUUAUAUCCCACCUCCUAAAAAAGAGGUCGAUGAAGAUUCUACUAGUAUAUCUAGUUCAGCCACAUUAUCAAGUGCCAUUGCCGAAGAAAUAGAAAGAAGAAAACUGAAUAAAAAACCACUGCCGGAAAAGGAAGCUCAAGUUCAUUCAAACCCAAUUAAGAAACCCAAUGUUCCUAAGGCGAUGGACAACGACCAGAAAAAACAUCAUGACGCUUUAAUGGAUGAAUUUAAGAAGGUCCAUAGAAAAAUGUUUGCUAAUCUAGAAUCAAUAAGUCGUGAAGCAAAUAAUAAAGAAAAUCAUCCAGAUAACUUGGACCGUCAAUCUAGUGUGCCGAUUAUAAAAGCUGACCACGCCCCAACGGAUUGUAUCAAUGUCAAAGAACCAUCAGAAAAACGGGAACCUGUAAGAAAACCACCUCCGCCGCCUCCACCUCCUAUGCCAACCUCUAAUGGCCAUAAAAAUGGUGAACACAUCAAAAUAGAUGGUCAUGACCUUAAAUCCGAUGAUACAGAAAUUAUGAAAAUACCGAACUUAAGAAAAGUGGCUACACUAAGCAGGAUACCUACCCCUGAUUACAACAGCAAAACUGAUUUUCCAUUGCAACUAAAAGGAAAGAAUUUAAAAGAAGGAAAUGCUGAAGUGGAAUCUUUAGAAUCAUACAAAUUAAAAACUCCACUAAAUGUGACUCCAAAACCACCGUCGCAUUACUUCAUAAAAGCGCCAAAUGGUUCCGCGACUAUGAAAAAACACGCACGACCAGUUUCAGUCACAAUAGGUGAAUAUGUCAACAAUGUAGGAAGAAAGGAACCGUGUAAACUAGAUUUCUUAAAUGGCGACAAAGCCGAAAAUGGAAUACCUGAUAGUGAGCCGAUUACUAGUAGACUUCAAUCAGAAUUGGCACUUACACUGUCUAGAUCAAAUCUGCGUAAAAAGACUGAAGCUUUAGGUGAUGGGGGCCGAUAGAAAGAAUAAAUAAAUAGGAAAGAAUAUGAAUGACUUUUAGGUCCAUGAUGAAUAAUUGAAAACUGGUCAAAUGUGAUAAAUAUCGGUCUCCCGUGUAGUUCCAGUUUCCACAGUAAAUAAAUCUUCUUUUCUAUAAUAUAAUAAUAACUGGACAAUAUGCCAAAUCUAUUUGUAAACUGUAUUUUUCAGUCUUUUAGGUCUUAAGUAACUAGGUAGAUACGUUAUUAUUGUGAUUCGUGUAAUAAUAGGAUCUAUAUUAGUACAUAAAUUAAGCUACUAAGAUAUAAGUAUUUGUGUGUUUGUAAUACCUAUUUAAUCAUAAUAUUGUGAAGUGUCAAUAUAUUUAACUAUCUAUUA